CCCUUUAUAAUUUAAAUGUAAACUAUACGCAUGCGCAUUUUGCGUAUCUGUUACUGUCGUCUGCACCCUAUGUUUGAUUCAUUAAAAUUAAGUUUUCAGUUAUCAUAAAUAUAAUCAAUUAGAACCCUUCGCAUCGAAGUUUUUUAUAAGAGAAUAUAUAUUAUUAAAAUUUUGUAAAAGUAGUGUCGAUCUUAGAGGAAGCCAUAAGUGACUGUUCUGAUUGACAUUUUAAAGUGAGGUUAAAAUGAGAAUUUUUAUAAACAUUUUUAAAUUGUUCGUUGCGUUUCUCUCCAACUACGCACGUGGUCUAUUUUAUAUCGUAACUACAAUUUUAAUUUUGUGUUAUUGUUUACAUCCGGCGAGAUUCGCUUCGCAUUAUACAUUCAUAAAAACUGAAGAUAUUAAUCAUGAAAUGGAAAGAUCAUAUCCACCAAGAGAUAACUCUUGUACCAUUCCAAUAAGUAAUGAACGAUCUUCUCAGUUACUAUAUCCAAGGUAUUAUAUUCAAGAAGAUCCAGUUGCCAUAGCUCGUCGUUUGGGAAUCCUUCCUGGAGGACAAUGGAAACCAUUGAAUUGUUAUCCUCUUUUCAACGUUGCUAUUAUCUUACCAUAUCGCAAUCGACAAAGGCAGCUUACCAUCUUUAUGAAUUACAUACAUCCUUUCUUACAGGCACAAAAUCUUAAUUACAGAAUAUUUGUAAUAGAGCAAAGCCCUAUGCGAGAAUUUAAUCGUGCCAAAUUGUUUAAUGUCGGAUAUGCGGAGGCAACUAAAAUCAAUGAUUUUCAUUGUUUCAUAUUUCAAGAUAUAGAUUUGAUACCACAGAAUCUUAAUAAUAUCUAUGCUUGCACUAAAAUGCCAAGGCAUAUGAGUUCCAGUGUAAAUACGUUCCGGUAUAAUUUACCUUAUACUGGUCUAUUUGGAGGAGCAAUAGCAUUGACUCGUAAGCAAUUUGAAAGAGUUAAUGGCUUUUCUAAUGUUUUUUAUGGGUGGGGUGGGGAAGAUGAUGAUUUUUAUAGCCGUCUACAAUCAAGAGGACUUCAAAUUACACGGUUUGGGCCUGAUGUAGCAAAGUACUAUAUGAUGAUUCAUAAGAAAGAAUCUCCUAGUAAUGCGAGAUUCGCAAAUUUAGAAAAUGCUGCUAGAAGAUAUGAUACCGAUGGUAUUAGCAAUCUUGAAUACAGAGUACUAAAUCAUCAGCUACGACCAUUGUAUUCUUGGAUAUUAGUUGAUGUUUAAUUUUAACUUUAUACUUCAUUUUGUAUAAUCUUUACAGCACUAUUUGCAACUAUUAGAUAUCAACAGUAUAAUAAAAUGUCAUUAGGUCUAGUAUUUUAUAAUUUAUAUUUAUGGUUGUACAUUUACAAACUUAUAUUUACUAAUUGUGAUUAGAGAGUGAUUAGUUGAUAUUAACAGCUAGUAUAUACAAAGUUUGAAUUGUAUAUAUGUGUUUUGCAAAUAUCGUGUUGACUGUGUCAUUUUUUUACACCAUUACAUGCUAUGGCUUUGGAGUCUAUAUAAUAUAAUCAUGUCCAUAUAUUCCUAGCUUUGCAAAGAUCAUGUUUAUCGAAGUUUUAAGUGAAAUAAAUAUUACAUGGUAAAAAUAUAUAUUAUAAAUAUUUACACUGAGAAUACUUGUGCAAGUAGAUAGUAUGUAAUAUAUAUAUUACUAUAUUAUGCAGUAUAUAAACAUUUUAAUAUUUGAAUCUUGCGUUUAAGUGACUAAGCACUUUUUAUAGAAAUAUAAUUUAUAUUUAUAACAUAAAUAUGUAAGUUAAACAAAUACUGAUUACAAUCAAAUUACUCUCUAUUUAUAAUAGCAAAAUAUGUUUAAAGCAAUAAUUAUAUUACUUCUUUGUACUCUUAAGAAAAUAUUAAUUUUACAAGUAGAAUAAGUUUAAACAAACUUUUGUGUAUAGAACCAGAAAGGAUCAAAAAUAUUUCAUGAAUUAUAAAAUGUAAUUUUUACUGAGCAUUUAUAUAUUGUGGUAUUUUAUUUAAUUUUGUUUUUUAAAAACAUUAAACAUUAUCAAUAAGUAACUUCAGUUACGAAAUGUUAAUGUUACUAUUAUUUUUAAUUUAUUUAUUACUGUUAAUAUUAUUUAAAAUUGUGCAAAUGACUGAGAUGUAAUAAUACUGAUUUGCAGCAUUUAAGAAAUUAAUAAGACAUAAAAGAUUCUUAAAUAAUAAAUUUUAUUAGUUGUAUUGAUAUGUUGUAUUUAUUUAUGUAUUAAUAAUGUAUUUAUGCUAAAUCUUUUGGAAAAAUAUUUCUUUUUACAAAAUUGUAUUAUAAAAUUAUAAAUAUUAAAAUAUAAAAUAUGUAAUAUUUG